AUGAAACAGAGAAGUCAACUGAUGAAAGAGCAUCGGAUGAUGAACAGUGGGCUGAUUGGGAGGCAGAGUGGUCGAAGCAGAGGCAGCUUCGUUGACGAGAGGGUGGUUUCGAACAAAACGAGCAUCGAUGUCCUAGUUCGAAUCAGACCCAGUCAAAAUGCAAAUCCAGAAAUAGCCCACCAGGGUAACUCAAUUAGUGUCAGAAACAAACUGUUCUAUUUCAAUACCAUUUACACUGGUGAAACAAAUCAGGAGAUAUUCAGUAGCAAAAUAGCAGAUUUAGUCGACGUAUUCAGUCAGGGUGGAAAUGCAACUGUAAUCGCGUAUGGGCAGACUGGAAGUGGGAAGACUCACACGAUGUUCAGCAACAAGGAGGAUGUGGGAUUGGUCUAUCAGACACUUGCGUCUCUAGGAAGCAGAAUCCAUGACAUAGAAAUGUAUGAGAUCUACAAUGAGAAUAUUUACGACCUGUUGAAUGAGUACAACAAGUGUGAAAUAGGUGAAGGAGGAAUCAAGGGAAUCAGAAGACGGGUAGUAGAAGAGAAGGAAGAAAUGAGGGAGAUUGUUGAAGAAGGAAUGAAAUAUCGAACUACGAAAUCAACGUGUUUGAAUAGCUCAUCAAGUCGAUCCCAUUUGAUAUUGAGAAUAAGCAAUACGCCAAAUAGCAAUAAGAGUGGUGUAUUCACAUUCGUAGAUUUGGCUGGAUCAGAACGAACUAGUGUGACAAAUGAAGUAGGUGAAUCAGAAAGAAGAAAAGAGAGCAUUGAGAUCAACAAGGGGCUUCUUGCCCUUGGAAAUGUGAUCAAUACGCUUCAUUCAAAUCAGAGUGCCCUGAAUCAGUCAAUCUAUGUUCCAUAUAGAUCAUCCAAAUUGACUAGAAUUCUGAAGGAAUCAUUAGUUGGAAAUGUGCGAUUUAUUACCUGUGUGAGAAAGGACGUAUCAAAUACAUUCGAAUCAAGCAACUCAUUGACGUAUGCAGCACGAAUGAGCAGUAUCAAGGAGACAUUUACGAGAAAUAGGGUGGAUAUGUGUGAGACAGAGAUGUUGAAGAGGGAAAUAGAGAAGUACAAGAAGGAAGUAUGCGAAUUAAGGGAGUUUAUUAGGAAGAAUAUGGGUGAUAGGAGAAAUAUAGUGGAAAAUAAUAAGGUAGAAGAGAAGACUACUGAAAUAAGUACUUCUGAGAAUAUCAGUAACAAUCACCUUAGAAAACCAAUUAAGGUGGAAUUUGUUACUGAGCCAACUACGGCUGAAUUCAUCCAAAACAAGCACAUUGAUCCAAUAGCAACCAAACCAACACCAAUCAGAAUCACCAUUAGAGAUAUUGAUCAAUAUAAUGGUGGUCUAGUUGCAUACACUGACAGGUGUGAGUUAGUCAGAAUCACAAAUGGAUCCACUAUCACCCCAAUAUGCAAAACAAGUCUCACAGCACUCCUUGUCACUGAUGAAUUGAUCUAUAUUGGUAAUAGAAAUAUGCUACGAUCAAUUGGUACAGGUGGAAUGAGACUGAUACGUGUAUUCUCCCACAAAAUAUCCAAUAUAUUCCCAAAUCAGAAUAACCUGAUUAUCAAACUGUCAAAUAGAGUCAUAGAGUACGAUAUCAACCAUAAUACAGAAUCACUCCUAUACAGUGGAUCAAAUAUCAACCAGAUUGUGGUAUCAAAUGAGACAGUCUACUUCAUAUUUGAUAGACUGAUUGAAUACCGUAAUAAGAGAGAUGAAUCCAUUCCAAUCUACACCAGUACUACCAGAAUAAUCAGAGUACUCCUACUGAAUAGCACCCUGAUAUCAAUUAGUUCUACUAUUGCACUAAUUCAGAAUGAUAGAAUAGUGAGGGUGAUUGAAUCAGGUGGAAUAGUAGAUGGGUGUAUUGAUUCAGGUAGAAUAUUCACCCUAUCAAAAGAGUACGUUGAUGAAUAUGACAGUGAUAUGAUCAAAAUAAGGCGGUAUUCAAUACUACCCAACAAAUACAGUAGAAUCAGAGUAUGUGGCACCAAGAUGUAUUUAGUAGGAGACCAGACUGAUGUAGUUGAUCUCAUUGAUCUGUAG